GCACGCACACUUUUCCUUCCUCUCUAACCUUUUCGCUGUAAUCUCGCUCUACUGGUCCCGUCCAUUGUGCUCGCUCUCACCAUCCGCUGUCAGAUACUCUCCGAACGCUUGAUUUGAGCUGUGACGGCACAGGGAGGAAGCAGGUGCCCGUGGCCUAGGAGACCCUUCCCCCACCGUCUUCUCACUUCCUGUUCUCUUCACCUUCUCGCCCCGGCCAUCAACACCCCCCCCCCCCCCCAGUCCCAUAUACUUCUAUAUAUAUAUAUAUACAAACCCUUCUCUCUUUUACCCUUCAACGUUUCCCUCCGAGUCAACUAUUUCCCUACGGUAUUCUUCUUACAUAACUAUCCCCGUUACCCUUCAAUCUGCCCAUUCAUCCAUUCAUCCACCAACCUAUAUCUUUUCGCCUCAUCCACAUCCUUUCCCUCCGCUGUCCCCUACUUCGCCAUCCAUAACCAACACCGCCGUUGCCGCGUUUGCACAUUAUUUCUGAUUCAAUCCACGUUGCUGUUGGAGUCUUCAUCUUGAUUGAUCAACUUGCACCGUUGCGUUGUUGCACUGGUACCUCCAGUAAUUUGAACACCACUUUUUAGGAAUACAAAACUAUCUGCAUCUCUGAAUACCUUCUUCGCUAACCCUUCUUUUUUUCUUUCCCUUUUUUCCUCACACCCCGGUAUCCCUACGAGAUGGGGCGAAGAAAGGUAAUAACUUUGGGUUUACCAUUAUUGGAGGUUACUAGCUAAUAUCUAUGUGUGCCCAGAUUGAGAUCAAAGCGAUCAAAGAUGACCGAAACCGAUCCGUGUAUGUUUUCUCAUUUGUUCCCUGUGUUUUUUUUUUUCCCUUUCUCUUGCGCUUUUACGUUUCCGCGUUUUUGUGUACUAAUAGUGUCCGCAGAACCUUCUUAAAGCGUAAAGGUGGUCUGUUCAAGAAGGCUCAUGAGCUUUCCGUACUUUGCUCGGUAGAUGUUGCUGUUAUAAUAUUCGGUCACAACAAAAAGUUGUACGAGUUCUGCUCGGGCGAUAUUCGGGAGGUCAUCGGCCGACAUAGUUACGUAUGUUUUACUUCUUUGUCGCGUCCGAGAGCGGAGAACACGCACUAACAACUUUGGCCUUAGUAUGAAGCUCCCCACGAACACAAAGGUCCGGCCGACUUUCAGGGAAAGAAGGAUGCCAUGGACGACGACGAUGAUGAUAUGGAUAUUCCUUCUCGACCGGGUUCUCGAUCUUCCAAUGACCAUCCCAUCCCUCAUCAUCUCCAACCAUUAGGACACAUGGGGAACCGUCAUUCAACAUCCGCAUCACCUCCCAUCCCUCCAUCCACCCUGAUGGGGGGACAAGGAACCUAUAUGCAGGGUCGCGUUGGGACCCCACAACCGAUGUCGAGGCCUUCUUCCCGCAACCAGCGGCGGAAUAGUUCGAAUAUGGUGCCUCCAUCCACUUACGCUGUUUCGCAAGGUCCUCCGGCACAGAAUGGCUUUGCCUACAUGUCCAAUGGACCUGUCUUCGCGCCUCAGCCGCAAUCCGUGAUGCCUAUGCAACAAGCAAACAUGAAUCAGAUGCCCGUGUAUCCAUAUCCUCAAACGACGCAGGCCCAAGCCCAGGCCCAGGCAUACAUGAAUGAGACGAACAGGAGACAGUCGAUGCCACCUGCCUUCCCUUCCGAGCGGUCUGUCCCAUCGUCGGAGAACUCGCCUCCAAAUAGGCCACUCGAUGAGCAAGUUGCUCCUGCGAUUGAAAAACGCGCUCCUGCCAAAUCGCGAAGUAUGUUCACGCCAAUUGGACCUAGUGAGUCCUUAUUGGCGCAGCAUUUCGGAUUCGGUCAGGAACCCUCGCGGUCUCACUCGGUAGAUGUUGGAUCCGUGGCCCGGUCGAAUAACGCUGGCAGCGUGAAUAGCAGCUCGGUUAAGUUAGAGAAGCAGUCUCCUAAGCCUGUCCCCGCUUCCGUACCUACGCCAGCAACAACGUCCAGUAGCGUGAAUGGCCAACCAUCCUCGGUAGAACCCGUCCCACCUCCACCAUCCCGAACCAACAGCAUGGCGUCGAACCCGGGGAAGCCUGGUGUGCGACCAAGGCUCAAGGUGCAGAUACCCAGCGAACACUCUGAUGCUGGCGAUGCCACAGCUGAGUCUUCACCGCGAGAAUCUGCGGGUACUACAGCUGGUCAAUCGGUCAAGGGUGUAGGUGAGGGUAACCAUCCGGUCGUGCUUCCACCACCUUCGCCCAGCGUUACGCUUCGGAGCGCGGGUGCUAGUGGUGGACCGGUCAACCCAUUCGCACGACCACCUCCAGCCACGACAGGUGCACCAUCGGAAACUCCUAUUUCUGCUCUACCAAGCCGAUUUUGCGACAACGGAUUGCUACCUUCACCCUCCACAUUCUAUCAGGAUUGGGGCAUCGGUUUUGGGGCAUCGGCAUCCCGUGCAGGCGGUAACCCGGAUAUGCUUCCCAGCCCGUUGAAUUUCCAGACACCUGUAGUGUCAACGGGUCGGAACAUUUUCGGAGACGACUCUGAUGUGAAUGGCAAGAGGAAGAGUCCGGGAUCGGACAAUUCGGAUGGCUCAGUACCAAAGCGAGUCAAGACAUGAGGUUGGGCAAAGCGGCAGAGUUUAAAGACUUACCCUGCUGGAGUUCAGGGUGGUAACAGAUUCCAGUGUGGAUAGUUUAGUUUAAUAUUCGACCUCUACUUUCUUCUUACUUUGCCUCGCACACCCCCCCUCGCCCUCUUCUCCGAGAAACGUUGUCAUGAAGUAGAAUGUGGAUUAUGUUAUGUUUUCUACGUUGGGUGGAUCGGCGUUAACCGUUUCGGAGUCCAAAAGGGAACGAGAGAAAAAGAAUCAAUUUAAAAAAAAAAUUACCUGGGGUUUCUAUUUGGUCUCGUUUUGCGGUCUCUCAUAACCUUCUUUUUUGUAUUCUCUCUUUCUUCUGGGCCGGGAUUCUGCCUUAGUUUUUUCUUGGCAUACUCUUUUCUCUUCUUACCUCCCUCGUUCAAUUUUCUUCUGUCCAAAAUAAAAGGACCCUUUCACUUUCUCACAUAGCAUUAUCUGUGGGUUUUUCGUGAGCAUUUUUUCCCGUCGCUUGACUUCUGCUGCCUUUUUUAUUUUCCAUCUGGUUUUCUCUUUACUAGUACUCACUCGGACAUUUCUUGUUGUGAUGCAUGCAUGCAUUGGCAUUCAUCUUUUUUCUUUCUUUUUUUUCCUUACUCUUUCUUGCACGGGUAGGCUGAUUUUUUUCCUUCUUAUUCCUUCUUUAUACUCUUUCGGUUAGUGGACGGAUGGAUGGAUUGAUCAAGCUUCCUCAAGCUCUCUGUGCGCUCGAAGUCAUGAAAAUUCGACGUUGUAGUAGUGUAUUAUAGCAUUUCCUAUUUUUUGUCUUUUGAGGGGUUCCGAAUAAAGAGCGAGGAGAGAUUGGUAUGAUUGAUGUUGGCUCUGUAACAACAAUGUGGUUGUCGGGAUCCGCCCGUUGUUCCUGCCUCUGAAUCCAAUGUGAGUGGGGAAGGUAAAGCGGGUAUUUAUACGAGCCAAGAAGCGAUCUAUUUGACCUUGCCGCGGUUCAUGGGAACACGGGUAGUUGGGCGGUCUUCCCUUAUAAUACUUUCUUUUACCUUGCAGAGGCUGUAAUUUCUUCCCCCUCGGGUCACGCUGAGCACAGUGUAACACACUUUCCGUGCUACUUUUUAAUUUUUUUAAUUUUUUACAGUACCCCCGUGAGUGUCCACCCUUCAUGGGGCGAGAUGUGCUAGUGCGGUACGGUAGUCUACUCGUAGGGUAACACCCACCGUCCCGACCAACCGCCAUCGCCCGGAAAGGAGGGGAAGAACGCCUUACCCUGCGAGAGCUUUCAACGCUGGGUACCAGCCAAGCUUGGGCGAGUGGGGGGAUUGAUUUAUUCCCUCCCAAGUCGACUUUAAAAGUGAUAAACUCAAGCAUAUUGAUCAAUACGGCCAAUGGCGGGGGCUUACCAGUUGAUACCGUACCAUACAGGUAUGAUAUGCCUAACUUAUGCUCUUCGUCCGGUGAGCUCGUGGUGUAUGUGUGUAUGUGUGUACUACGGUACCGGCACGGUAGUACUGAACGGGUGAGUGAGGUCACAGGGUUCAAAGACAUGCGAGGUACAAGUACAAGUUACAAGUACUUGAGUGAGGCAAGUUACGGAAGCCUGAUUACUCCUCCCCGUCCUCUUUCCAGAUUAUAGUCUAGCUUGAGACUGUAUCCAGGAUCCUUGAAAGGAUUGUGGCUCUCUACCAGGUGGCUCUGGCCUGCUCCAAGGGCUUGCUCAAUCUGCAUCAAUAUAGAUCACUGGCUGGCCUAAGCUGCUGAGAUGCAAUUUCCACUGUUUCCAAUAAGGUCAAGCUAUUUCAAGUGAAGGGCCUGUGUGUUUCCUUAUUGUUUCUUGACAUCAAAGGCAGUUUUGACAAUGUCAACAGGAACCAGCUUGCUUCUAUCCUCAGGUGUGCCCAUACUUCACCGUACUUGGUAGCCUGGAUGUCUUCGUUUCUGUCUCAGCAGACGUGCUGCCUGGUUUUUUAGGGGGUCCCAGAUAUGUUCUUAGCUGUUUCAGUGGACACCCUCCAGGGGUCAUCCAUUUCUGCAUUCUUGUUUGCUAUGUAUGUUUCUUCUCUGGACCAAGUUAUUCUGAGAGGUCUUAUAGUUUCUUAUGUGGAUGAUUUU